AUGGUUGUCGAUCAUCACAGCGCUGUGGAGUUGCUCGCCGCGCAACACUAUGCUCUGCCCACCGUUGGGUCCUCGGAGGCUUUCCUGCUGCCGGAACUAGCCGUAUGGAAUGAUGGGGGAGAACCCGAUGUUCGUGGUCGAACGUCGCCUUGCGUCUCACAAAUCGCGCAGUACUUUAGUAUCGAACCCCUAUUCACGACGGUGAGCUCGUCAAGUGGUUACGUGAUCGACUCUGUGUUAGUGCAGAUCCGAGUGGGUCGAAAUGGUCUCAUAGGGAGGUUCCUGAGACUUGGUAGCGCUCACAUGGGUCAUUUUGACCUAGGCCCCGAUAUGGCCGCCCAUCUAGACGAGUCUCAAUGCAGGUUCGGACUGUGA